AUGCUAAGGCACUAUCGAUAUUUGAAGGAGACAAUGAGGUUGGUCUCCCGUAGACACGUGUCCGAUUUCCAUGCAAUGCAAGAAGCUUUUUUGAAUGACCUGGGUGCAACUUCGGCGAAAACUAAAACGUUCAAGAAGGCGGUGACCUCAGAAAAGCCUGCAGCCCCAGUUGAUCCUGUAGUGAGCACCACCUCCUCAGGGUCGAGCACUGAAUCCUCCGUUCCCUCGCAAGGACCAAUUUCUCAAUUCUUCGAUUCUUCUUUGAACGAUUAUUCGCCUCAGCAAGUCGAAGGGUCGCACAACUGGUCGGAAACUUUCCACGGACUAGCUAAUCAGGCAUUUCCGAAGGAAGCACAGCAGAUUCUGGCAGAACCAAUACCGGACAACGAUAUUGAAAUCACGCCCGAUGGACUGCUGUACCUGCCGGAAAUCAAGUAUAGACGGAUUCUUAACAGGGCUUUCGGUCCUGGAGCAUGGGGUCUGGCACCUCGUUCGGAAACGCUUAUAUCUAAGUCUGGAUUAGGUGGUUUACUAACUAGGGAGUACGGUCUUGUGAUUUACGGUAGACUGGUGUCUAUUGCCAGAGGCGAGCAGACAUUUUUCAGCGAUAAGGGCAUUCCCACCGCCACUGAAGGAUGUAAAUCUAACGCGCUAAUGAGAUGUUGCAAAGACCUCGGAAUUGCCUCUGAGCUGUGGGAUCCAAGAUUCAUCAAGCAGUUCAAGAAAAAGAAUUGCGAAGAGCUAUUUGUGGAAUACGUUCCCACCAAAAAGAAGAAAAAGAUCUGGAAGCGCAAAGGUGAAGACGUUGAAUAUCCAUUCAAGAAGUGA